CACGUCAUACGUGACACUAUAGACAUCGUACAGAAGCCUUUUAUUUACAAACUUUCAUUUUUUAUUUGAAUUAAAAGCGAAAAUCCCCUUUAAAUUGCAAGAAAUGAGCCAUGUCGUCGGUGCCAACAACCACAGAUCGCAUUCGAGCUCGCAUCAUUCCGAGUCAGAGCAUCAUUUCGCUUUUGUGUGAGCGCCAACAGGGAUUGGGACGCACCAACAGAGCCUUCUUCAACUAUCGCCAAUUCUACAAGACGAUCCGCCCGAAUCUCUCGAUCAUUAACGUGGAAAAACCUCAAUGUUACCUUCGGAAAUUCAGUUUGGAUGGAAAAUAUCUCAUCGCAUUCUCGUAUGACCAAACACGCUUGGAAAUUUAUCGUUAUCGGGGCAUUACAGCAGCCAUGGAACUCACGUCGGGCGUCACGGAGGAAAUGGUUGCCAACUUCAAUAUGGGACUAAAUUUGGAAAUUCGCAGUAAAAUCUUCAAUAAAUUGUUCAAGUUGGAACAUGUGGUCGAAACGUCGAGAGAAAAGCAACUUAAUCGCGAAUGCAGUUUGUUCACGAGUGAUUAUCGACAUGUGAUAUUAGGGGCGGCAUCUUUCAUCCCAGACGAGUUGCGUCCCAACUUUUAUUCGUUGUACACGAACAACGAAUCUAUCACUCCGACAGCUUCGUCGCCGCUUGAGGACUACACAAUUUACAUAAUUGACCUGAAUACGGGCCUUAUAACGGAUUCCCAUGACUUUUGUGUGGAUAAAAUUAUUCUUUCGCAUAACCAAGGACUUUAUUUGUACGAAAAUACGUUAGCUGUGUUGUCGAUUCAGCAUCAGACGAUUUAUAUUUUUCACUUGGAAGAUGGAAAACUGACACUUUUACGAUCAAUUGGGCGAUUUUGCAGUCACGAGGAAGAAUUUUUGUACAGUAGUUGUCCCCAAAAUACUUGCAUUCGCCCGUUUCGCGAACCAAUCAUCAACAGUUUGAAACAUCGCAUUCUGGUUUUUUUGUAUCAAGACGCCAAAAAGAGAGAAGAAGCUGGCGAUUCGACUGCCAUUCGAAGAUUCUAUCAACUCUUCGAGUCUUACAAAAACCUGCGAAUGUGGAAGAUGCAACUCAUUGAUGGCGAUCACUUGCUCAUCAAAUACUCCAUUGAAGAUGUCGUUACGCUAAAAGCGAGCGAUCCCAAUUCCCACAGUGCCUUUUUUGUCUUUUACAACAUCUGGGAGUCGAAAGUGCUGGGAUUUUUCGAUAACAAGUCGGAAGAUUUGCUCUGGCUUUAUGAGAAUUUUUCGGAUUGUUUCCGAAAUGUGCACAGCAUUCACAACACAAGUUCGCCAAGUAACAAUUUUCACAUGAAUUUGAUGCACCAACGAUUUAAACAGACAAUUCUCGUAUCAAAGCCGAACGGAAUGUUGGAAGCGACAAAGAGACUUUUAGCGCAACUGCCAAUCAGCUCGCAAAGUUACUGCAGUUCGCCGUAUCUGGAUAUGUCCCUUUUCAGUUACGACGAUAAAUGGGUUUCGGCGCUCGAAAGACCAAAAGCAUGUGCGGAAUUCCCAAUAAGAUUUUUCGCGCGAGAUUCGGGCAUCUUGAAAUUCAGAUUGCAUGGAAAUAUGUCGAAAUUGAGUAAUAAUUCAUCAAGACGACUUGUUGCAUUCAGUUUUCACCCAACAGACCCCUUCAUUAUUUCCGUGCAACGACACAAUACCGAAUAUAUUGCCAACUUUCACAUCAGAGGCCCAUCUGGAAUUACUUAAUUUUUGCUCAAAUAAAAUCGCGUAAUUCUUUAUUUA